AUGAUUAAACCACCAACUGUUAACGUGCCCAAUCGUCAACUGUUGACUUUUCUAAACCACCAACUGUCAAUUGGCAACUGGAUCAAUCGUGAACUUGCUCAACCACCAACUGUCAACUUGCCAAACUACCAACUGUUCAAUGAUCAACGGCCUUCCUGGCUGAACCGUCAUCUGGCACCUUGCUCAAUCGUCAACUGCCUACUGCGAAGUGCCAACUGUCAACUUACUCUGCCGGUGACUGGCAAUUUGCUUAUCCACCAACUGUCAACUAACCUUGCCGGCGACUGGCAACUUGCUCAACCGUCAACUGAUAACUCGCAACUGCAACUUGCCCAACCACCAACUGUCAAUUGGCUCCCUCGCUCCACGACCAACUGGUCAACGGGCUCAUCAUCAACGACCUUCCUGGCUGAACCGUCAUCUAGCCAAUUGUCAACUGUCAAACGGCUUAACCGCCAUCUGUCAACUGGCUCAAUCACCAACUGUCAAAUGUUUGAGCCGCCGUCUCGCACCUUGCUCAAUCGCCAACUGUCAACUUGCUCAAUCGUCAACUGUCAACUGUCAAACGGCUCAACUGUCAACUGUCAAACGGCUCAACUGCCAUCUGGCAACUUGGUGAACCGCCAACUGUCCACUGGCUCUGCCGACAACUGUCAAAUGCUUGAUCCGCGCUCUGCCACCUUGCUCAACCACCAACUGUCAACUGUCAACUGUCAACUGUCAACUUGCCCAACCACCAACUGUCCACUUGCUCAAUCAUCAACUGUCAAUCGUCAACUUGCCCAACCACCAACUGUCAACUUGUCUGCUAGCGACUGGCAACUUGCUCAACUGUCAACUGAUAACUCGCAACUGGCAACGUGCUCAACAACCGCCAACUAUCAAUUUGUUCAAUCGUUAAUUGACAACUGCGAACUGCCAGCUUGCUUAAUCGUCCACUGCCAACCGUCAAAUGGUUGA